CCUAAGAACCAUAUGGUGAUUUGUUUUCUUUUCUUCUUUUUCAAUUUGGCAACCUGUGACUUGGAAAGAACAUACGUUGAACUCAACUCGGACUAUAUUUAUCCUUAUAGAAAUCAGGGUGGCUUUGACAUGAUUUGCAGUGGGAGGGACAAGAUUGAAACUCCAGAGCAGUUCAAACAAGCUGAAGAAACAACAAAGAAGCUAGACUUGGAUGGGCUUGUUGUUAUUGGUGGAGAUGACUCAAACACAAAUGCAUGCCUACUUGCUGAGAACUUCAGAAGCAAAAAUCUGAAGACUCGCGUGAUUGGAUGUCCUAAAACUAUUGAUGGUGAUUUAAAGUGCAAAGAAGUUCCUACCAGUUUUGGUUUUGAUACCGCAUGCAAGAUAUACUCUGAAAUGAUUGGAAAUGUUAUGGUAGAUGCCCGAUCAACAGGAAAAUAUUACCAUUUUGUGCGGCUUAUGGGGCGUGCAGCUUCACACAUUACACUGGAAUGUGCUUUACAAACCCACCCAAACAUUACUAUUAUUGGAGAAGAGGUUGCUGCCAAGAAGUUGACACUGAAAAAUGUCACAGACUAUAUUGUAGAUGUUAUUUGUAAAAGAGCUGCAGUUAAUUACAAUUAUGGGGUCAUUCUUAUCCCUGAAGGUUUAAUUGAUUUCAUUCCUGAGGUCCAGCAACUUAUUGCAGAACUAAAUGAAAUUCUGGCCCAUGAUAUUGUGGAUGAGGGUGGAUUAUGGAAGAAGAAACUCACUGAUCAGUCACUGAAGCUUUUUGAAUUCUUACCUCAAGCAAUUCAAGAGCAAUUGAUGCUUGAAAGGGAUCCACAUGGAAAUGUUCAGGUUGCCAAGAUAGAAACAGAGAAAAUGCUUAUUCAAAUGGCUGAAACUGAGUUGGAGAAGAGAAAGCAAGAGGGAAAAUAUAGAGGCGAAUUUAGAGGGCAAUCUCACUUUUUCGGUUACGAAGGGAGAUGUGGAUUGCCAACUAAUUUUGAUGCUACUUAUUGCUAUGCUCUUGGUUAUGGUGCUGGAGCCCUCCUUCACAGUGGGAAGACUGGAUUAAUAUCAUCAGUUAGGAAUCUCUGUGCACCUGUUGAAGACUGGAUUGUUGGUGGAACUGCACUCACCUCACUGAUGGACGUAGAGAGAAGACAUGGUAAGUUCAAGCCCGUGAUCAAGAAGGCAAUGGUAGAGCUUCAAGGGGCACCCUUCAAAAAGUUUGCCUCCUUGAGGGAUGAGUGGGCCCUAAAAAAUUGCUACGUCAGUCCAGGUCCAAUUCAAUUCUCUGGUCCGGGAUCUGAUGCAGUUAGUCACACCCUUCGUUUGGAGCUUGAAUCACAAGCUUGAUCUACUUUUCCGUAAGGACAUUGUUUUGAGAUUGGCGAUUCAUUUGGGAUUUUAGGGCCUUGAAGUAUAUUUAUUUGAUCUGUGACUUGCUAGGUUUUUGUAAUAACGUUUGGACUAUAGCAGUUGAAUGUUAAAUUCUUAUGCUGCCAUUCAGCAUCGGCAAGUUAUGUUCAUGAUUAUAAUUGAAUAAAUGUUUGACUUCCGAGUUGGUUGAUAUUGAUUGGUUAA